AAUGUAGUUUCUAUAAAUAGUAUUGGAAUGGAGAGUAGCCGGCGGCUUAGAAAAGAGAAAUACAAGUCCCAAGUUUCCGCAGAACUUAGAAGUCUUUCCGUGUGUAAGCGAGCGCUGAGGCUACCGGGUGACUGAGCUGUGGGACCCUCUUCAGGGAACCGGGACCCCCUCGUAUGACUGUUCAGAACUGAGGCCCCUGUGAUGUCUGAAUGGAGCUGAGACCUUCUGGGACAACUGAGAGCCACAACGAUGGGCAAUUUGACCUUGAUAUUUUUUUCCUUGACGCAGCCCCCAUGAAUGGCAGCCAACACGGACUUGACCCCUGUCACUUAAUAUCGCCGGUGUUACAAUUGGGGAGUAGUGCAGAAUGUUACCCCAAGGAGUGUCCCUGGUCUGGGAGUUCCGCCAACAGACUCCAAGGAGGUCCUCCUGUGGUUUUUCAAGAGAAGCUCUUGGUCCAGCCUGAGAAGGGCCCUGGAGACAUCAACAUUGUCAUUGCACAUCUCCAAAGCCUUGCCACAGAGACGUCAGAGAAGCACCCCCCAGGUACCCCCAACUCAUCUCCUUCACAUGGGGAAGUAUCAGAGGAGGCCAGAAGAGUGGAGACUAAGGCAGUGGCCGGGGAUAUGAUGGCGAGUGAGACAGCAAGUUCUCAGUUCUCAUUGGACAAUGUCCUGUCUGUCUUCAAAGGGAGAUCCAAUGCCAAUAAAUACAUCUGCUCCGACUGCGGUAAGAGUUGCCCCUGCCAUUCCGCCUAUAUCCGACACCAGAGGAUUCACACAGGGGAGAAGCCGUAUUCCUGCAUUGAAUGUGGCAAGAGCUUCAUCCAGAGCUCUGACUACAAGAACCAUGUGAGAUCCCACACAGGGGAGAAGCCAUAUUCCUGUGCUGAGUGCGGCAAGAGCUUUAGCCGUAGCACCUACUUACUGACCCAUUCCAGAACCCACACCAAAGAGAAACCCUACAAGUGCAACGUUUGCCCCAAGAGCUUUGUGCAACACUCACACUUGGCUCUACACCUUCGUAUCCACAGUGGGGAGAAACCCUAUAUCUGCAUCGAGUGUGGCAACAGUUUCAGCCGCAGCUCCUCUUUGGUUAAGCACAAGAAGUCCCACAGAAGGAAAACUCUUCACAUGUGUUUAACGAGAAACAUGGACGAAGCUUCUGGUACUUGGGGGGCUUUGACCAGCAAGAGAGAAGUGCAGGAAGGCUCACACUCUGAGCAGCUCGUGGUAGUGAAAUCUGAGAAUCACAAGGAAAGUGAGAGGAGGAACCCCCAGAAACUGUAUAAGGGGGCAAAGACAACCUUCUAUAAACCUUUAAGAAUUACUCUGGAAAAGUGCCCUGUUGUAGAAAUGAGUUCUGAGGGGCAGUUGAGAAUGCAGUCCCACCAGGGCAGGUUCCUGUGGAAGAAGAAACUUCAGGACCCUACUAAUGUCUCAGACACAUGUUUAUUGAGCAGUGACAUUGGGGUGUCUUCUCCAUCUCAGGAUCAUGGAACUUGUGUGGUUUCCUGUGCCAGGAAACUCAAGAAAGAAAAUGGGUAUUUCUAUGAGAAUAUCUCAGAUGAGAACACUGAGAACUAUACCAAGUAUGAGCCAACUGGCACCACAUACCCACAAGCAGGUGCCUACAACACAGACUGUACUUGUGCCAACAGCCAGGAGACAGAGGCACCAGGCACUCGUAGUGAUGUUGAUAGUAGCAGCUGUGGGCAGGAAUCCAGCGGCUCUGGCAAUGAUGGUGGUUUCACCUGUGGCAAAGCCAUGGAGCCGUUAGUCAGGCCAGUCAAGGCAUCAUCCUAUAUCUGUACCUACUGUGGGAAGACUUCUCCAUGCAAGUCAGCUUUUCUGCGCCACCAGAGGAUCCAUACGGGGGAGAAACCAUAUUCCUGCUCUGAAUGUGGCAAAAGCUUUAUACAGAGCUCUGACUAUAACAAUCACCUUAGGUCUCACACCGGGGAGAAACCAUACACCUGUGCAGAAUGCGGCAAGGGUUUCAGCCGUAGCACUUACCUGGUGACACACUCUAGAACCCACACUAAGGAAAAACCAUAUACCUGCACCAAGUGUGGCAAGAGCUUUGUCCAGCACUCCCAUCUUACCAUUCAUUUACGCAUCCACAGUGGGGAGAAACCAUACACCUGUCUGGAGUGUGGGAAGCUCUUCAGCCGCAGUUCCACCCUCGUUAAACACCAGAAGUCCCACAGAAAAAAGACUGAUGCAUCAAAUUGUGUGACAAAGGGGGAAGCCAUGUUGUCUCCAGAGCUCAGUUCAGCUCCUGGACUUCAAAGUCCAACCUCAUGAUACACAGUAACUGUACCUACACCUAAAGCUUUCCUUGGCCUGGGACUACUGCUAUAGGGUGGCUACCUUGCCGGCUGUAAGUUUGGGAUCACCCGUCGGGCGGUGAUUUAAGGUGGAGGUUACAGGAGACGUAUGUCUUUCUUCCCUAUGGUGAGUGGAUCCCCCCAACCCAGUGAGAACCUUUCAACCUUCUACAGUGAUCUCCUGCUUAGUUAGCCAUGUUGGAACUGGGAUGAGCAGCUAGUGGCCUGGGCUAGUGUGGGGCAACUGCACACAUGUAACACUGAACAUUGUAAUGCACAAUAAAGUCUCUAAACCUUUCA